CCGACAAUCAAUCAAUCAUAUCAAGUGGAAACCAGGCCAUCAUCACUCCAGUUCAGAAGCUGACUCACAUUUCCCCGAGGGUCUAGCCAAAUCAUGAAUUCCCAUACUCGUGUGUUGGAGGUGUGACAACUCGAAGGUUUUUUUAUUCGGUUCUCCACUGCUUCCGAGUCCACAAGUUAACGUCCUAGGCCAGCGAAGCUCUCUGAGCAGCAGACACCAUCUCCUCCGAGGACCUUUCGUUCUUCGGCAUGGUUUCCCUGGUUUCAGACUACCCCACACCAAGGCCGUAAGUCUAAGACUUUUAUGAACUAUACCCCGCUCCGAGUGGCUCGCAGUCUAAUCGCCGAUAGCGCCGCCUCGUGCUCUUAUAUUCAUAGCUUUACCCCACUGCUAUCGGGACUCCGCGUCAUGGGCGCGUAUUAGUGGUGUUUCGAAUCGCUGCAAGGAUAUUCCGUUACUUUAUUACCUACACACUUUAGUGGAGUAUGUCGACGAAAAGGCAACAUUCACAAAGGAUCGCAGGAACAGGCACGUCCAGCGUUUCUUUCAUCUACUCGACACUCUUACUGGUCUCGCCCAUAACUAUUCUCGGUCAGCCUAUCAAACGCGCAUUCUCAUCGGUAUUUAGAUUUCCGCUGCACCCGGGCUUCACAUUCAAAGCGCUAGUCUACACAUUCAUUCGCGGGAAUGUUGAUCGAUUUGCUUGUUCUUGUUCUAUGUUUGUGCUAAUGAGUCUAUGAUCCGGGUCAGGUUUCGAUAUCGACCGCGGACAAGGUCACCGGCUUCCGACACUGCA